AUGUUUGAGUUUUAUGAAUGUUCGAAAAGUUACUAAGUUGUGUAGUGCAUGAAAUACUUUGUGAAUGAUUUGGAAAGGUAAUUUGUGUCAGUGUUUGUCUUCAUCAUGGACAAGUUGAAGCCAAUCAUCCUUGAUGACUCAGUGGAGUAUCGAGUCUACUUUGCAAAUAGCCCAGUAGACGAGGACUUCGCUUUGGCCACGCUUUCAUCCUUGUCAUCUAAACUGAAACAAUUGUCAUCUGGUUGGCUGUGGCACUGCGAGGAAUUCAGCUUGGAAUUGGUGAAGGCGAAAGUAUCGGAGGACGAGCGGAGCUCUAUACCCGCGCACCUCUACGGCGUAACUCACUUUGGUGAUAAUUUAGACGAUGAAUGGCUGAUCGUGUACAUGCUAUUGGAGGCGUCCAAGACCUUCACAGACCUAGUAGUAUCGAUUGAAGAUAGUGAUGGACAGUUCCUACUGAUUGAGACUGCCAAUGCACUACCGCGCUGGUUGACCCCAGAGCGUGCUGAAAAUCGUAUCUUUCUGCACAAAGGCCAGUUGCACAUCAUCCCAGAAGCUCGCCAUCCAGGUGAGGUUGGUGUAUAUCCAGUCGGAACGCCGAGAAUUUCUGAGGCUAUCCAACUGAUCAGUAACGGCACCUUUUCCACGGAAGCAGAUGCGGCUGUGCAGGACUUGCUGAGUGCAAAACUGGCGAUUUUCCCGGAUCACAUACACAAGUCCCGGCACAUCGCCCAGUGUGUUUUGCCCGUAUCCGCAGCCCAUGUGUUAACGCACGAUCCUACCUUGGUUGCAUCCGCUGUGCAGACAUUCUAUGGUCGGGAUCCACUGCAGAUGCGUUCGUGCCGCAACAUGAAGCACUUUGCCCCAGGGCGACCUGAGGACAACCUCUGUGUGAACACGGCAUUCACAAAGUGCCUCUAUGCGCAGCUGAGGCAGCAGCGGUACCGGCCCGGUGUGAAGUCGGGCUGGCAGAUGCCACCGCCGUCAGAUCCGCAGUUUGUCAGCCAUGACCUGGGUAUGAAGCUGUCGUAUGGCUUGGAGAUCCUGCGCAAGCAAGCACCAAAGUCUGCAGGUGAGACUAGCAAUACUGCCGAGCAGGAUAUCAGUGAUCAGUGUAUUGGACCUCGCUGGGACAAGUUCCUGUCAAGCUUGCAGGCCCGUGACUACUUCCGCGGAGAGAUGGAAGGUUCCAAGGAGCACCAGCGACUGACAGCAGAGGCAAAGCAGUACUAUUCAUCUCAGCUAGCCAGGGAAGAUGCUCCAUCAACUGAGGUUGUGCGGAGGAGUACUGAAGUUGGCCGAAGGGUACAACAUAUUCUCGACAAUGUCCCGAUGGAUGUAGAGAAGCUGCGACAAGCCUGUGCCCAUGUCAAGCCAGCAGAUAGUGAAGAUUGGAUGUCAAUUGAUCAGCAAGAACUCGACAAGCUGUUGCAGCAGUAUCACUUUGGCUCGGAUCCCAGUGCUGCGUCCCCCGCUGCCGCCGCAGACUCUGCAGCUCACCAUCCAUCACAAGCUGGACAACGGUAUCAGCCAUCAGUCGAACCCGGCGAGGAGCAGUUGAAGACCUUGAUCGACAGCAUGAAGCAGUUUGUAUCUGGUGUAGCUGGCCCCGAAGGCGCUGAGUUUCCAACCUCUAGCACUGGAGCUGUGAACUUUACUGCCGAUGGUUUCGCCUCGGCCAUAUCCAGUUUACUGGGCGGUAACCAUGACAAAGAUGGCAGCGACAGUGACUGUGAUCUGGCAGAUGAUUUGGAUAUUGGUGACUUCGAUGAUGAUGAUGACGAUGAAUUUGAGGAAGGUAGCGAAGCAAGUGAGAUGAAAUCUUAUGUUGAUGAGAUGGACCAUCAGCUUGCACAGACUGACCUUGGUGGCAGUUUUGAGCGCGCUCAAGCACAUGCUAGUGCUGGUGGGUCCUCUGAUCUUCCGCCAGUCGACAUCGACAUGAACUUGGUCAAGAACCUACUAGCAUCGUACAGCGCUCAGGACGGACUGGCUGGUCCUGCUGGCAAUAUUCUGCAUGGUAUGGGACUGCAGAUGCCUCAGCGCGAUCCGUCAUCAUCUACGUGAUUUAUGGGAUAUGAUUCUUGGUGUGACCAUGACAUACUUUAGUUGUUUUUUCAGACUUGGGGCAUGUUCGAUUGGUUGCAUCUGGAUCCAGAUCGAUUGAGUGGAUCCUUUGGAUCCACCAAGGUCCAAUAAAACGCCGCCGUUGAUUGAAUCUGGAAUUAUUUGAGUGAUUUUUGAGGGUUUCCAUGAGAGAAAGCAACGAUUUCCACAUCAUCACUUUUGUUCCUAUCAUUUGUACACGUACAGGGUACGAUUUUUGGCAAAAAAAGGAUCCUUUGGAUCCGGUCAAACUUGCUCCCCGCAGCCCGAGGUGGGUUGAUCGGAUCCCAAUCCAACAGAUCUGAAUCCGGAACCUACCAAUCGAACAUGCCCUUGAUCUACUCUCCGUUUCAUGAUUUCUUCAUGCCGUUCUCUUGGGAUUCCUUGCUUGCUGCACAAAUGGUUAUAAUUGUAGGUUCAAGUUUCAUUUUCUCAUCAAGGGCUGCUGGUUCAGCCUACUUCACAAUACGCACAGUCAUAUUAUUGCAUCUUGCUCAUAUAUUGGCCGUUAGGUUUCGAAUUACAAGACACACAG